AUGGCAACUGGAAAAUCCCCGGGCCUUGAUGGACUUCCAGCUGAGUUCUAUCAACGUUUUUGGUCGCUUCUCGUAACUGAUUUUGUCGAUGUCAUUAAUUUUGCUUAUAAUCAUGGACAAUUGUUUCCCUCGCAGCGAUCGGGGGUUAUCACGCUCAUCCAUAAGCAUGGGGAUCGUCUUGAUAUGAAGAAUUGGCGUCCCAUUACAUUAUUAUGCGCUGACUAUAAAAUUGUUGCCAAAGCUGUUGCAAAUCGUUUGUUGAGUGUUAUUGCCAAGGUAACUCAUUCGGAUCAAACUUGUGGGGUGCUGGGCCGGAAUUCGUUAGAACGUGUUCGUUUGCUGAAGGAUGUGGUUUUUCAUGCCAAUCAGAAUCGUAAAGCAGCUGCAAUUAUUUCGCUGGACCAAGAGAAGACGUUUGAUCGGGUAGAAUGGGAGUAUUUAUCCCCUGUAUUGAAGACUAUGAAUUUUGGUCAAUCCUUCCGGUAAUGGAUACUUUUAUUAUAUUCAAAGAUAUUUUCCUGUAUCCUGAUCAAUGGUGAAAGAACUGAGUUUUUCUCUGUCUCUCGAGGUGUUCGUUAAGGCUGUUCCUUAUCCCCUUACUCUACGUAUUGGUGGCGGGAACGAUAACUAGUGCAAUCUUACCAAGUGGCCGGACGGUAAAAUUAUGUCAAUACGCUGAUGAUACAUCUGUUAUCGUAAUUACAGACUUGGCAUUGAAUGCUCUGUUCCAUUUGUUCACACGAUACGAGAAGGCGUCUGGGGCUAAAUUAAAUGUUAAAAAAUGUCAUGCGUUGUUGAUUGGUACAUGGCAAUCUCGUUCUAAUCUACCAAUUGCUCUGAAUUGGUCCAAUGUAGAAAUAAUUGUUUUGGGUUCGCGUAUCUCUAAUAAUAAUGAAGAACAAUGGGUGUCAAAGAUCAAAGCCUUGAAGACUACUCUGUCAGCUUGGAACCAGAGAGCGCUUUCCUUUCGUGGACGCGCUCUUAUUGCUAAUAUGCUGGGGCUAAGUACUCUCUGGUAUCUAUGUUCGGUUUCUGUAUUACCUGAAGCAAUCAUUCAAGCUGUCAAUGGGGAGUUUUUUCCGUUUGUGUGGCGGAAGAAACGAGAAUGA